UGCCACAUUAAGUCAUGUCUUCGACUAACAGCUUCCCGAAUUUGGCCAGUAUCGGCGACUGGGAGCCUCUGAUCUCUGCCAUUCCCGCCACCAAAGUUGAGCUCACGGUGUCGUGCAGAAACCUAUUAGACAGAGACACAUUCUCCAAAUCUGAUCCAAUUUGUGUGCUUUACACUCAAACGGUGGCGAACAGGGAGUGGAGAGAGUUUGGGAGAACAGAGGCCAUCAGUAACUCCCUGAACCCAGACUUUGUUCGAAAAUUCAUCCUCGAUUACUUUUUCGAAGAGAGGCAGAAUCUACGCUUUGACCUGUAUGACCUCGACUCAAAGAGUGAAAAUCUUUCCAAACAUGAUUUCCUGGGUCAGAUGUACUGCACUCUUGGAGAGGUAGUCGGCUCCCCAGGUAGUCGUAUGGAAAGAACACUCAUGGGCAUCCCUGGAAAAAAUUGUGGAACCAUCAUUGUUCAAGCAGAAGAACUUGGAAAUUGUCGGGAAUCAGUAUUGCUUCAAUUUUGUGGAAACAACUUGGAUAAGAAGGACUUUUUCGGCAAGUCAGACCCAUUUCUUGUCUUCUCUCGCAGCAAUGAAGAUGGAACAUACACGAUUUGCCAUAAAACUGAAGUGGUAAAGAACACACUGGACCCUGUGUGGCAGGCCUUUAAAAUCUCAGUCAGAGCACUGUGCAAUGGAGACUAUGACAGAGCAAUAAAGAUUGAGGUAUAUGACUGGGACAGAGAUGGAGGACAUGACUACAUUGGAGAGUUCAAAACCAGCUAUAGGGAACUGUCCAAGGGCCAGUCUCAGUUCACUGUUUGGGAAGUAUUAAACAUGAAGAAAAAGAAAAAGAAGAAGAAGAAAUACCUCAAUUCAGGAACUGUGACUUUGCUGUCAUGCCUCAUAGAUGUUGAAGUCACCUUUUUGGACUAUAUUAAAGGAGGCACGCAGCUUAAUUUCACGGUGGCAAUCGAUUUUACCGCAUCAAAUGGAAACCCAUCCCAGCCUACGUCUCUCCACUACAUGAACCCAUACCAGGUGAAUGCCUAUGCCAUGGCUCUGAGAGCUGUGGGUGAGAUCAUUCAGGACUACGACAGUGAUAAGAUGUUUCCUGCACUGGGGUUUGGAGCAAAGCUGCCUCCUGAUGGCAGGGUCUCGCAUGAAUUUGCGUUGAAUGGGAACCCAGGAAAUCCAUACUGCAGUGGUAUUGAAGGUGUAAUUGAAGCAUAUUAUCAGAGUCUGAAGAGUGUUCAUCUCUACGGCCCCACAUAUUUCUCACCUGUUAUUAAUCAUGUUGCAAGGUAUGCAUCAUUAAUAAAGGAUGGCUCAGAGUACUUCAUUCUACUCAUCAUUUCAGAUGGAGUUAUCUCUGACAUGGCUCAGACCAAGGAAUCUAUUGUAAAUGCUUCUUGUCUUCCAAUGUCAAUAAUAAUAGUGGGAGUUGGAUCAGCUGAAUUUGAUGAAAUGGUUGAAUUGGAUGGGGAUGAAGUCAGGAUCUCCUCAAGAGGAAGGUUUGCAGAAAGAGAUAUUGUACAGUUUGUUCCCUUCCGAGACUACAUUGAUCUAAGAGGGAAUCACAUCCUCAGCAUGGCCCGUCUGGCCAAGGAUGUGCUGGCUGAAAUUCCAGAUCAAUUCCUAUACUACAUGAGAACCAGGGGCAUCAAACCAAACCUGACACCUUCAACUUAUUCUUCCAAACCCAGGACGGCUCUGUCCCACUCUGCAGAGUCAUUACAGACGCAGAUCUGAAGAGGACCAUGGUAGUGCACUUGGUCGAGUACUGGGUUUUCCGUACUUGGCUGAGGAUUAGGCUUUCUGAGUUAUACAAUAGCUGGGUUAGUAAGCCAACAGAGACUUCUGUUAAAAGCCUGAAUAUGGCUAGUACAAAGAUUGAUCUCAUAAUUGAGUUUGAUAAUGUGAGAACGGUUUAUGUCUAACUAAAACAAUCGUCAUUAUAUGCCUCAUACUUUUUGUCUUUUACUUCAAAUGGCUGGCUGAGCUAUAAACAAAAUGUUUACAGUGUUUGUGAUUUAUACAAGCAGAUAAUUAUAUACCUCAUGAAUACUGAAGUAGCUGAAACGUUUUGUAAUGUAACACAAAAGGGAGAGUGAACAUGUGAUGAAGAUAGUGUUCAGUCUCUUCAGUUUAUAUUACUAACCAUUCUGGUUUCUUCCACUCCACUGCCACACUGUGUUUCUGAACAAGUCUUAGAGCUGCUGUGAGGACAGGCCUUAUUAUUGGUUUCACACUAAUUAGUAACAUUUUACAAUAUGGAUCCUUAAUUAAAGUCCUUACUAACUUAGCAGGAACCGUAGUACUGCCAUGGUAGUUUCUUACCAAAACUAUUAUAUUAAUAUGUUUAUUAAAUUGCUAAAAUGUAUAAACAAAGUGUAAGUUGCAUGAUUUUGCAGUUAAUAUUAAAUUACUAUGCUGAUAAUAUUCAUCCAAACCAGCACCGUAACUUAAUGUUACUUAUUAUAUCAUUACACUUUAGUCUACUUAGUUUAUUAUAGUGAUAAAUAAUAAUUAACAGUAAAAAAAACUGUUUAAAAACUUACUGCUAAGUUAGUAAGCACUAAAUAAGGCAUUAUAUAAGGAACUGUAUUGUAAAGUUUUACAAAAUAGAAGACAACAGCACUAUAACAGCUUUUACAUCAAUGAGUAUUAAAAUGCUAGCCUGUAAUUAAGUGUAGCUAUAGAAGCAUGUAACUGCAUGCAUUUUUUAUAGAGUUUGUAUUAUACUGAAAAAUUAUUAAGUUGUUGUGCGGUAUGAAACAUAGGUGCUGUUGGGCAACAUUUACUGACUUGUAGUAUUGCACUUUAUGAUUGUGGAAAAUUACAGCACAAUUUGUUUUUUAAUUUUAAUGUUUACCUAAUCGGGUUCACUUUUUAUGGGUUCAAGUGAACUCUUCAUUAACAAACAUCAUCCAUCCUCCAUUCAGAUACCAUCUGCGGUCUUGAAAUAAGACGAAUAGGUUUGUGUGUAUUGAUUGAUUUGACUGUUUUGUACAUACAUUAAUGAAAACGGGAAAUAUAUAGGAAAGUGAGGAAAAACAUGCAACUUGUAUAAAUAUAUGUUUAAAUUAUAUAUUUAAGUAAUGAUUUUUCCUCAAAGAAAGUGAGGAAACUUAGAACUUCAUCUAUUUACCAUGAGAAGAUGCCAGUUUAAAAUGUACACCCACACAAGCUGGCUGACGUACAAUAUUAUGCUUAUAAAACAUGCACAAACUGCAUCAAACUUUAAAACCUGUCCUAAAAAAUGGGACUCCCUUCAACAUUUCAUCACGUUUUUAUGGUGUGAUACUCAUGCAGUUCCAAGAUCUAUCAUGGACCUGCCUUAAAUUUCUGGGUAAAUAAAAUUGGUAAAUAAACCAAGACUGAAAUUCUCUAUGAAAGACAGAAAAGCAUUUUCAUACCAUGCCUGUUGAUUGAAUAAUGCAUGAGAUUCCCGUAUGUCUGUGGAAAGGAAAUUAAUUAGAGAAAAAAAAACUCUUGUAAAUCUGCAUGUCUAAAAGUGAAUUAAAGGAAUAAACAAAAAUGUGAAUAGAUGGUACAAAUGUUUAGUGUCCAUCUGGUAAAUCUUUGAAUGAUCACAUGGAUAAUGCGACUGAUGGUGUUAAACACAUCGUAUUAAAUUGACUCAGGUUGGAAUGUCCUUUGAUGAUUGCAAUAAAAGUAAAUAUGCUAAUCUUGUUCAGUUUGUCAUGUGCACAGGUUGUUCAAACUUCAUUUGAGAUUUUAGGUUUGC